AAAGGAAAAGGAAAAUAUGGAAGUUAAAUAUUAAAAGAAUAUAAGAGAAAAAAUUGAUAUAAAUUUGUUUACACGGAUUACAUAUCUUUUAGUCAUGUAAGCAAAGAAUGAUGUGUCAGAGCUUUAGAAUGAUAAAUAAAUUAAAGGAAGAACGAGUGCAGGAAACUUUCCUUGUGGAACUAAUCAAAGAAUCUGUGCACACAUAAACCCUUUUAUUUGCACUAAUGCAAGUUUAAAAAAAAUACACACGUUCAGCACUCUGGCUAUAGCUAGCAUGUGCAUGAGUGGGUACAUAAAUUGUUGCAAUGGAGAAAGAGAAAGAGAAAGAGAGGGAAGAAAUGACAAUUGCUGAAGGAACAGUGGGAGAAGUGUCUAUGUUUGAUGAUACAACGAUACGUGCUCAAAGAGCUGCAAGGAGUGGAAACUGGAGACAGUUCAAGAAAAUCUUGGAGAAAGACACGAAACGUUUGCUUGAGCCUUUUGACUUGUUUGGGAACACUGCCAUUCAUAUUGCAACUCGUUCCAACAAUCCACGGCUCCUUCGGGAGUUGUUGGAAGUGCUGAGUGUGAAGGACAGGUGGCAUGCGCUGAGGAAGGGGAAUUGCGUCAACAACACCCUUCUGCAUGAGAUCAUCUUUUGCACGGCGGUGGAGAUGGCGAGUGUUGUAUUCAAGUUUGAGAAGGAAGCACCGCCACCAGAGGUAGCAGAGGAAAAGAAAGGGUUGCCACUGGUAGAGAUUGUGAAUGACUCGGGUGAGACCCCUCUCUUCAGAGCUGCUAAACUAGGCAAGCUUAAGAUGCUCAAGUUUCUGGCCAAACAUGCUGAGGGUCACAUACCAAGGCUUUUUGUUAGAUUUGAUAACCAUUCCAUUCUUCACGCUAGCAUUCUUGGACAAUUCUUUGAUGUCGCUAUUUGGUUAUUGAAUAUGGAUGAAAAACUAGCUCAACACAAGGAUAUGAAUGGAAUGACAUGUCUUCAACUUCUAUCCAAUAUGCCGCUUGUAUUUCGAAGCCAAGCCCCUUCCAUGGGAACAAAGAAGAAUCUUGUAUAUUACUUGCUUCCUGAGAAAGGAUAUGAAAUUCAUGAUGAGGAUGAGGAUGAGGAUGAGGAUGAUGAUGAUGUGGUUGGCUUCAGACAGAGGAGUGAUAUAGAAAGUGGCCAACAAGACAAGGCCAAUGUCCCCAGUUCAGUUCUUUCAAGGAUCAACUAUGCUAUUUGGAGAACCCUGGCUAAAGAGUUCGAUGGGAUUGGACGCAUUUGGCAAAGAAAGAAGCAGCACAAGUUAGCAGAGCAUCUGGCUGAGUUGUUAGUGCAGAGGGACUUCUCUUGGCAGAUUUCUUUUCACGAGAACUUUCAACCCUUGAUUGUAUUGCCAAUUCUUUCCUCCAAAUCAGACAGGAUAAAACACAUUCAGCACAUGAAGGAGAUGCAUAAGACCAACAGUGAAAUGUUCCGUUCCAGAAGUUACAGACCUAUAACCACCGCAACAAGCAUUCACUGUUCUAAAAACUACACGCCACUUCUCAUGGCAGCUGGCUCAGGAAUUGUGGAAAUCGUCGAGAAAAUUAUUGACAAGUAUCCGGAGGCCAUUUGUCACGUUAGCCAGGACGAGCACAACGUUCUGCACAUGGCUGUGAAGCACCGUCAGCUCAAAAUCUUUAACAUGUUAAAGAAACAUUCAGCAUUUAAAUCACUGAUAUUUCGGAUAACUGCGGAAGGUCGCACUCUCUUGCACCAAGUUUCGAGAAUGGAAUUUUACGUAGAGCAGCACCUUCCUGGUGUCGCAUUCCAACUCCAAGAUGAGUUGCGCUGGUACGAGCGAGUGAGAAACAUUGUUCCUCCUCACUACCUGAUGCACUGUGACAAAGACGGGCUAACAGCGGAGGAUGUUUUGGAAAUGGAGCAUGAAAGGGUGGAUAAAGGAAACGGCUCAGUCAUGUUCAGUCGGUUGGAGAAUCACCAGAAAUGGGCUUCGUUUUUGUUUUGCUCUGCUGUGUUCUUUCCUGUGGCCAUAUUCUGGAGGAUGCACAAAAAUAACUAUCACAUCCUCAUUCACUAGCUAGUAGCUACACUUUACUCUUCAUUUAUCCAAUAAAA